GAAAGGAGAUGAAGUAACAGCAAUGAUUGUGUCAGUGAUAUUACAUGUUGUGACAGGUAAGAAAAUGCAUUGUAAGUUUGAAACCUAAUGGCAGGUAUGGACUGCAAAGCUUCUGGUGUGCAGGAUUCUUUGUUACUUUUUCCUGGAGUUCAACAGAGCAAGUGGCACUCAGAGAUUUUCAGUGACAGCUGGAUCCUGUGAUGUAACCAGCAACUCAGCAUGUCUCUCUCAAAACGGAGGAACAUUUUCAAUGAGACGGGAAAGGGAGGAAAAAUGUCUACUAGGAAACAAUGUCCUCUUUUGUAAGGGUGCUGGAAGAACAUAAACACACUGGCUGUUGAAAAUCAGGGCAGGAUGAUCCCCCUCUGCCUUUAAACUUCAACGCAAAAUAAAUUCUUCCCCUCCAGCCUAAUUACAUAUUCUCCCAACUGUCUGCAGGUUUUAUAUGGACACCUUCUCACACACAGUUACCCCAGAUAUUCUCCAUAUUCUUUGUCUUGCUUUGCAUGUUUCCCUUAUUCACAUGAUAGGUUUUUUUCUUUUUGUUUUGGUUUUUGUUUGUUUGUUUCUUUUCUUGUUUAUUGAUGUAGUUCUGAUGAGAGAAUAACUGUGCUACAUGUGGUUUUGGUCAGUACUGUGGGGAUUGAGAGGAGGAGCAGCAAUGCAGGACAGACAGACUUUGCCAGUUAUAUUCUGUAUCUGGGGACUCAUAUGAGCCCCCAUAGUUUAUCCCUGAGAACACAAACCUGAGCAUGUCUCUCCCUUAUGGCUGCCUAACUUUCCUAAGGUUUAUUUUUGAAGGCUACUGGGCUAAGUUUUAUGGUUUGAUUAAGAGAUCAGGCUACCUUGGAUGUAGGAUAACUUCAGAUCAACUACUCUCACCAGUUUUCUUUUGUUUCCUUUAUGUACUAUAGUACUCAUAAUUUAUUAUUAAUUGUUGUUGAAAUGGGUAAAACUUAGAAAUACUACUAAAAGUAAAGAGUUACAGAGAUAAAGGUAGUUCACUGUCCCUCAAUACAGAUGUACAAACAAAAAUCCAGAGGGAUCCCUGCUAUGAAGAUUGUCUAGUCUAGAGCAAAGCAAGAAACAGCACUGGAGUGAAAACCAGAAAAUUCUUUCUUCAUCUCUCUUACAUCUGCUGCAGUCAGUCCUGUAUCUUUCUUAAAAUACAUAAGCCUCAUGAUCUGGUAAUUGCUAACACAUAGAUAGGCAAUGACAAACUUCCUUUCCCUCCCUUCCCAGUUAACCCAACAGUCCCAUCGAAGUGCGUGCUUUGGGGGCUAAAAAAGGAAGUACAGACUUCCUAUUUUGUGCAAUUGUACAGACUUUCCUUGAAAGGGGGGGGGUGUCAGCUUCUCUGAAAGUGGUAUUUGAGGUUCACAAAAGAUGUAGUAGUUAUUUUGAAGACUUACUUGCCAAGAAAAUCCUGUGGUUGGUUUAUACUUCUGUCUCCAGUUCUAGGCAAGUGUCGGUUUGCUGAUAUCUGCAUCAGAGGAUUCUGGUGCUGGGGGGUGGUGCUGGACAGGGAGAGUCACCCAUCAGGUUGAAUCACCUGCCACACAGACACCCCUGGAUUCAGGUAAGGGAAUGGCUUCCUUUCUGGGGGAAGCAUAAUGGCAGUGUCUGCUCUCAUACAAGGACUAGUGAGUUACUGAGGGAUUACUUAGCUGCAAUGAUUAUUCAAGGGCUCAGUCAGCUGUUUCCAGUCCGAGGAAGUGGCUUUUGGGAAUCUGAAAGUCAAUAGGAAUUUAAAAGGGGUUUUCCCAUUCCCCUAAAGUAGAAAAAGUCUCAGAUCUGUAACGUACUUAAGUAGGUGUGCGUAUUAUGAUUUUGAGAGAGUGAUGAGAGAUGGCCAAAAUUACUUAAAUUUCAGUAUUGAAUAGUGUGGUCCAUGGUCCUGGAUCUGCUCAAUCUACUUUCACUUUCUGCAAUCACCAGGAAAAAAAAUUAUUUCUUUGGUAGUUUGUCUACAAUUUGCAACUUGUCUGGGGGGCACUGAGAAAAGUUGAAGGAAAUUCUCACAGUGAAUGAAUAUGGAAAUCCAUGCACUAUAGCUCCUAGGAAAUGUGUCAUUGAGAUAAUAUUUUUAAGGAAAUUAACCACUGUUGUGGUUCAUUAGGAAGGCUUUAAGCAUAAAGAGCAGAAGAAUGAAAUUAAUUUUAAGUAUGAGCUCUCAUCACAAAUUAGGAUUUUUUCUUGUUGCUACUCAGCUGACCAAAUCCCUGCACUUCCUUGGAAAUGUACAUUUACUUCAUUCUUUGCUUGCAUUGCAACAACACACAACGAGAAGACGUGAAUUUUCUCCUACAAGAAAUGCUUGGCAGAAGUUCUUCCUGAAUGUCACUUCAACGUGAUCUUAAAGAAGUUCCCUUAUUCAGUUUUACUUCUCUUUAUGUGAAACAGAAACAAACAGCUCCACAGUAAGCAGGGCAAGAGAGUAGCCAGUGGGCAAUGAAAACUCUGAAAUUCUGAGUUAGGAUCAAGGCUGUGUGCCAAGAACAAUAUGGACAUGAAAGAGAUUUUCAUCCUGCUGCUGUAUCUAUAUUUGGUCUUCCAUGUUCAAGCCAUUCAAGAGAGUAUCCCAAUGAAAAGCUUGAAGUGCUACAAUGACUACAACUCACAGGUGACUUGCACAUGGAUGGAGCAUUCAGAGGCUCGUGACCUUGUUGGUAUGAUUCUUUACCAAAGGGAUAAUAUUAACAUGGAGAACAAGGACAUGUUUUGCAAACGCCAGACAGAAAAUGACUUGCAUGAAACUCCAGACGUGUAUGUGCACUGGGUCUGCCACAGGACUACAGAACAUUUAGGAAUAGGGGUAGAGGAUAUUUAUGGCUUCAGACCUAAAAAGGUUCUUCAAAGAGAACUGGAUGUUGAUCUUUUCCAAAACGUUCAGCCCCUCCCACCUCAAAACCUCUCAGUCAGCUCAAUGACAUCAGGAGACUUCUUGCUGACCUGGAAAACAGCCGAUGGAAGCCCACAGCUGGGCAGUGCACUGGACUAUGAAGUCGCUUACAAGCGGCAGUGGGAGUCAUGGGAGGAAGCUGCCUCGCUCUUGCUCUCCAACACCACCCAUUGCAAUCUCAGCCCUAAGGACCUUGUCCCAGGGAGCAGCUACGUUGCCCGUGUGCGAGCCAGACCAGGGCAGGCCAGCAGCUUCUCUGGGCAGUACAGCGAGUGGAGCAUGGAGGUGUCAUGGAAGACCCCUGAAGGUGGCCUUCAGCCCAGGAACCUUCGCUGCCUCUUCAAUGGUGGAGAUCGUCUGACGUGCAGCUGGGAAGUGAAGAAAGUGAUCACCACCUCUGUCCUCUUUGGCUUGUUCUUCAGGGCCACCCCAGCAUCACAGGAAGAGGAGUGCUCUCCUGUGCAUGAGAAGACUUUGCCCCACACCUCAUAUAUGGUCCAGAGCUGUGAGAUCCCUGUUAGCAAUUCUAGCAGCCAAAGCCAGUACCGUGUAUCUGUCCGGGCCAAGACAGAGGAAAAGCUGAUUGAAGGCUACAAAAACAUUCAGGUGCUGCCGCCUGCAAAUGUGUCAGUAACAGCAACAGAGAACCAAGAGUAUGAACUAAGGUGGAAAAAACACAAUUUAUAUUACAACUUCAUAACACAGAGAUACCAAGUCAAGUACUGGGAAAACAACCAAUAUGAAAAGACUCUCCAGGUGUUAAAUAUCAGCAAUGAUGAACCGCCCUUCGUCUUCACCCUGCAGAUGCUGGCAGCAUCUACAGAAUACAGGGGGAAAAUGCGUGCAAGGGUGAAUAGGCCUCCGGAAUAUGAGGGACCUUGGAGUGAAUGGAGUGAGGAGUUCACCUGGAAGACUGAGAACGUUCUGGCACCUGUGGUUCUCCCAGUGACGCUCCCAGCUCUCAUCAUCGCUUUGCUGAUAGUUGCUUAUUGCAGCUAUAAGUAUUUCCUCAGGAAGAAGAAAAUAUGGGAAGAAAAGAUUCCGAACCCCAGCAAGAGUCUCCUGAUCCAGGGCUACCUGGGGAAAGGACAUUUGGGAAGUUGGCCAACAAGCAACCAGCUGGACUUCAACAAAUACAACCUUUCAGAGAAGAUGGAGCAGGCUAGCUUCCUUCAAGUUGUGGACAGGCCGGUGAAGACUUUGGCAGAGUGCCUUGAAGGGCAGACUAAGAAGACAGAUGUUUCCCCUGUUACACCUGACCUACAGAACUCAUACCAUGCUUUAAAUGAGUCAGAGCAUGCCCCAGUUGCCUGCUCAAGUCAGGGAGCUGGUAAUUUCUUUCCCAUUUCAAGGAGAAACAGUGCUGAUGCAAGUAUUGCUUCCCCCACAGCAAUCCCUUGCUUUGCUUUCAAUGGUCCGUACUUGUACAGCCCAGUGGUGUCCUCUCACCCUGAUAUACACCAGACCCUGGAAACAGACCCUGUGGGACUCAGUAAGAAAUCAGUUUCCCUUGAGUAUGUGACUGUCCCAAGGGAAGACUCUCCCCAGACCCCAAAGAGGCAAGAACAGCCAGGAGCAGCUCCUCCAAAGCAGCUCCCAGAUCAGAAGGAAAUGAUGCAGCACCUCAAUGACAAGGAAGAAGUCUCACAGGCCUCACCAGCCUGUGGGAAAGGCACCAACAAGGGAACUGAGGAGCAGAACUCUCCAAAGGCUCUCAGCUGUGCCACAUCUCCUCAACAGUGCCCCUUGGACUACAUCACCACGGACAGCCUGGUACUGCCAUCAGCCAGCACCUCCACCCAUCCUCCACUUGUCACAGCUGAGGAAUCACCUUGCGGCUCACAGGAGCCUCAGCCUCCCAGUGACCCUUCUUGCCAUGAGUCUUCUCUGGGGAAAACUGGUUUCAUGAUCCCAGUUUCAGGCCAAGCACCAGCCUCAUCUCCUGAAUUGCACCUGGAUACCUUUGGUGACUAUCUUACUGUGCCUAAAGGUCUCCAUGAACAUUCAAAGCCCACAAAGAUUUCUUUGCCUGUCUUACAGAAGGAAAAUGGUAUUCCUAGAAAGCAGCCUUUGUCUGAAGGUAACUUGGUGGUGUUAAACCCCGACAGCACUGAGCCAGUUUUCCUUUGCCAGGUUGGUGACUAUUGCUUCCACAGCCUAAAAUCCAGUGUGAAGAUGGAUAAUAGUCAGGAAGACCACCAAGUCAUGAAACUUUCUGAAAGCGAGACCACACGUGGGCAGCCUGUAUGUGAGGAUGAAUCCAUCACAGGGAAGGAAAAGGAUGUAUGGAAGAGGGAAAAAAUACAGGCCAUCCAGCUUUUCAAAAACCUGAAAUCAGAUGAUUACUUUUCCUGGCAGCAAUCUUUGAGGAUCAAAGAAAUCUGUUAAAUGGGUACAUAUUCAUGAAUACCAAAGAGAGAGGUAACUGAAAGAGGUUGCAACUAUCUGCUGAAAAUGAACCCUCAAACCUAGGAACAAAUAAACACCAGUUCCAUUUUCAAGCUUCCAAUCCAACGUAUUAAAAAACUUGAAGUAGCUCAAUGUCAUUCUUGGUGGUCUUCACAGAUUUGGCAUGAAGGACUACACAAAUAUUGUAGUGUAGUGUUUUUCAAACUUUUUGGCUUAUCCAUGAUGAUCAGUUCAUCCUCCUCAUAAUCCUGUAAUACGUCACAAUCAUCUUGCAAUUAUAUCAGGUUGCUUGGCAGAUCUUGUGGCAGGAAAUGCAGACUUAACAGCUUGAAAGGCUAUCAGAAGUAUACAAGCUUGAAAACCUUGGAAAGAAAAGGUCUAUCCUGGAAAGCAAUUUUGUUUAAUUUCUGUGCACUUAUAAAUUAGCUAUAAAAGUCACCAAGGAACUUCUGUAUCUUUGCCUUUCCACUAUGGCAUGAUAGGUAUUGCCUAAGGUGAAAAAAACCCUCAUAGCAGACACUUAUAGCAGCAUAAAUAAAAAAUGAGAAAAAAGUUGUUGAAAUCCAGGAAAAGUUUCUUAAUGCUAAUGUCCAGUCUAUCACAGUGGAUUCAGAGGAUAACAAAGAAACAUUACUGGGAUACAUAAAGCAAGUUGUAGAGAACCAUUUGGAAGAAGAAAUAUUACUGAAAGAAGACCCAAGGGCUCCUAAGCUUCAGUGAGAGGGAGUGGGGCAGAUAACAGAAAAUGGCAGGUAAGAGAUGCUGGGAAGGUGCACAAACCUGUAACUGCUGUGGUUCUUCUAUUUCUAAGUAUUGAAGUACUACAUGAUUUUCUUUUACAUUCAUUGGCUGUUUAUGCAUUAUAUACUUCAUCCUAAAGUGUAAUUGAUUCUUAGUUUGUUUUUUUUUCCUUAAAAAUGAGAGUUGAGAAAGAGGAGACCUUUUUCCCAGUUUUGCUGUAUAGAAAGUGGUACAAGGUAGAAGCAUUUGCUCAGAACUGCUACUCUGCAAUCAGUGAAAAGGCUUUGGUUUCAGACCUGAGGAUGGACUUGACUUCCAAAAAACGUAUUUUUUUUCAAAUAUGAAAUCUGUAAUAAUAAACAUAUUAUUUCUUCCUAUAAGUAUUUUGUUUCAUAUGUCAAAAAUAUUGUGUUUACAAUAAAAUUACUAUCAGCUCA